UUCAUUCACCGCAGAAAAAAGAAGAAGACAAAAGUCAGAGACCGAAAAAUCACAAACCUUUCGAACAAGCUAAGAGAGAAGAAGAAGAAGAAAAUGGCCGCUGAAGAGGGACAAGUCAUCGCCUGCCACACCACUGAGGCCUGGGAAGAGCAGCUUAGGAAGGGCAACGAGACCAAGAAGCUGAUUGUUGUGGACUUCACUGCUUCAUGGUGCGGACCAUGCCGUUUUAUUGCCCCAAUCUUGGCGGAGCUGGCCAAGAAGACCCCGGAGAUCACUUUCCUGAAGGUGGAUGUUGAUGAGCUGAAGAAGGUUGCUGAGGACUGGGCUGUGGAGGCAAUGCCCACCUUUGUGUUCCUUAAAGAAGGCAAGAUUGUUGACAAGGUUGUUGGUGCCAAGAAGGAUGACCUUGUGCUCAAAGUUGGACAGUAUGCUGCUGCUUCUGUUGCUACUGCUUCUGCUUAGUUUCUAUCUGGAGAGAAAUGUGAUCCUCCUACAAUUUCAGUGUUUUACUAUGCGUAUGUAUAUUGCCAUCUUUAGUUUCCCUUGUUAUGUGAAGCAUCUGUGUAUGCUUUUGUUACAAUGUUCAGAUUCUUAAGAUGAUAUUCUAGCUAUCCAAUGUUUUAAAAUUUGAAUUGCC